AAAACUAACUGUAUGAACAUUGAUAGCGACGCAUUUCGUAAAGUACUAAACUUUUCUAAACAACAUAAUAUUUCAUCAGUGAUUGUAACAGUGAACACAUCUGAUCUUCACUCACAGACCUCCACAGGAAAAUAUCAAUAAUGGAAUCUUUAUCAACAAGAAGAGAAACUCGUAGCAUAGAACAACCCCCAAGGAUGUCAUCCUCCAGUGAUCCAAUGACUGAGAGACUUCUCUGUUCAAUCUGUCUGGAAGUGUUCAGUGAUCCAGUCAGCACUCCAUGUGGACACAACUUCUGUAAGAUCUGUCUGAACACCUGGAACAACAGUCAAGACUACAAAUGUCCAAACUGUAAAGAAACAUCCAAGCAGAGACCUGAUCUCAAGAUUAAUACAACACUCAGAGAUCUUGUGGAUGAACAUAAGAAGAAAUCUCAUGAAGAACAACCUGAAGCUGAAGUUGUGUGUGACAUCUGUACUGAAGGAAAGCUGAAGGCUGUGAAGUCGUGUCUGGUGUGUCAGAUCUCUUACUGUAAAACUCACCUGGAUUCUCAUUUGAGAGUGUCAGGAUUACAGAAACACAAACUGAUUGAUCCUGUGAAGAAUCUGCAGGAUUAUAUAUGUCAGAAACAUGACAGACCUCUGGAGCUCUUCUGUAGAGAUGAUCACACAUGUGUGUGUCUGAUCUGCACUGUGAUGGAUCACAAGAAUCACAACACUGUUCCUAUAAGAGAGUCUGAACUUCAGGAGAUGAUGGAGAACCAAACGGCAGCAGAGAAACACAAUGAAGAUGUCAUUAAAGAUCUGAAGAAGGAAAUCUCAGAGCAGGAGUUGAUGAUAGAGAACCAGAAAGCAGCAGAAAAACAGGAUGAAGAUGUCAUUAAACAUCUGAAGGAGGAGAUCAUUGAGCUGAAGAAGAGAAACACUGAGGUGGAGAUGGUGAAAAAGAAGCAGAUAACAACAGAGAGACGGAAUGAUGUUAUUAAAGAUCUGAAGGAGGAGAUCACUGAUCUGAAGAAGAGAAACACUGAGCAGAAGCAGAAGAUCUCAGACACUGAAGAUGAUCUCCUCCUCAUACAGGAAGAACAUCAGAAAGACUUGAGUCGUCAGCAGAAGUCUUCAUCUGAGCGUUCUUUUAAGUUCUGGUUCCUGUUCGUGGGAGUCCUGUUUGUGUUGUCUGCUUGUUUUAUUCAGACUUACAAUCACAUACAACGCAGUGAAGCUGAAAUCACUGAAUUGAAGAAGAGAAACAAUGAGCUGAAGUUAGACAUACAACGCCGUGAAGCUGAAACAUUAGAAAAACUUGAGAUGUCAAAAAAUGAAAUCACUGAAUUGAAGAAGAGAAACAGUGAGCUGGACUCAGACAUACAACACCGUGGAGCUGAAAUCACUGAACUGAAGAAGAAAAUCAUUCAGCUGGACGUAGACCUGGAAAGUGGUAAAGCUGAGUUGAAGUUGAAGUGGAUGCAGCAGUUUGCAGUGGAUGUGACUCUGGAUCCUGAUACAGCUCAUCCUCAACUCAUUCUGUCUGAUGAUGAGAAACAAGUGAGAACUGGAGACAUUAGACAUGAACUCCCAGACAACCCAAAGAGAUUUGAUAGAUGUGUAAAUGUUCUGGGAAAGGAGGGAUUUUCAUCAGGGAGAUUUUAUUAUGAGGUUCAGGUGAAGGGAAAGACUGAGUGGAGUUUAGGAGUGAUCAGAGAAUCUAUUAAUAGAAAGGGGCAAAUCACACUGACACCAUUUAAUGGAUUCUGGACUGUGGUGUUGAGGAAUAAGAAUGACUAUAGAGGUGCUGCAGGUCCUGAUGUCUUUCUGUCUCUGAGUGUAAAGCCACAGAAGGUGGGUGUGUUUGUGGAUUAUGAGGAGGGUUUUGUCUCCUUUUAUGAUGUGGAGAACAGAUCUCACAUCUUCUCUUACACUGAUCAAUAUUUCACUGAGAAACUUUAUCCAUUUUUUAGCCCUGAACCUAACAAUAAAGGGAAAAACUUAGAGCCGUUGAUCAUCACACCUGUCAGUCAAUAAAUCAGCAAAUAAUUCAAAUAGAAAUUACAUUUGAAAUAACAUUACAUUAUGACAGCAGCCGUCAAUAUAGACUACGGAUGUGAUUUAAAUAUUUUCAUUAGCAAUAAAUAAAAUACCGGUGAUAUAUUUGUGUUCAGCUUUUCACUUUGAGGUUCAGAUCAUGAUGUUAACAGUGUGACAGCAUUUGUAAAUUUGGCAGUAAAAUAUAGUUUUGGUCUUGCUUGAGCUUGUGUGUUAAAUAACACAAUUUUAAAUUUGUGUUUAAUGUAUGCAUUUUGUUUCAAAGCAACAAGAAAUGUGUUAAUUGUUUUGCCUACACAGCCAGAUGUUGUGAUAACUGUGUUAGGACUUAAAGUAUUAAAAGUAUUGGAAAAAUUGUCGUAGCAAUUUAAAAAAAACUGCAGUAGGAUGACCUAACACUUAGACAUUCAAUGUUAUCACUUUACAUACACUUUCCAAUGAGCUUUUAAAAAUGUCUUUAAUUAGUUGUAGCUGUUGUUUAUAAAAAACCUACAUUAAUUUAUUUUAAUUGGGUCAGUUUUUGCAGUUUAAGGAAGCCUGUUGAAUACAUUUUUACAGUGUUUGAAGAUAUUUAAUGAUUAUCUUUUAAUAACUGAACGAAUUAAAUGUGUUGAAAAGAGGGCGGGCCACUGUCAGAAACUGUCACGUCCUAUUGCUGGAGCCUCUGUUCGCCACCUGAGGGCGCCAUAGUGCUCUGUGCUUCUGCUUGUGUUUUAUAGGACUCCAUUUCCCAUUAUGCCUUGUGUCUCGUUAUUGUAACUGGUUUCACCGGUGUCUUGUUUUAUGUUUGUUAUUUAUAUUAAUCUCUUAUAAAUAAAAAUAACUGAUAAUUUA